UCUAGUAAAGACUUUUUAAAAGUGUAAAGGUUCUUUCAAUUUUGAUAAGACGUCGCGCUCUGUGUUGACCGGUCAGUGCCGUCCGUAUUAUGAUGCUACUCUCGCUGUUUGUAGCUGCAGCCGCUGGAUUUCUCGCCUUACUCAUCUUCCAGAAGAUGUUUUAUCCUUACUUUUGGGAUGAUUUGAUUUAUUACUUGAAGUUUCAAAGAGUCAAACGAUUGAUGAAGCUAAGGAUGGGGGAGGGGGUUGUCACUUUCCUGGACUGCUUUGUCCACCAAGCGAGGAAAACCCCAGACAAACCCUUCAUCGUAUUCGAAGGAGAGGUUUACACUUUUGAAGACGUGGACAAAAGAAGCAACAAAGUAGCGCAGGUAUUCAAGCAGCAGGGAGGCGUGAAAAAAGGAGACACAGUAGCCCUGCUGAUGAGCAAUGAACCCGAUUUCAUUUGUGUUUGGUUCGGACUCUGUAAACUGGGCUGUCAGGUCGCGUUCCUGAACUUUAACAUCAAAUCCAAAUCACUUCUACACUGUUUCGAGAGCUGUGAAGCAAAAACCCUCGUGUUAGGCGCAGAUUUCAUCCACUUGUUAGAUGAUGUACUGUUUACUCUGCAACAAAACAAGAUUGAUUUGUGGUUAUUGGACAGAGACUCACCUUACCAAGGAGUUAAUACAUUGCUGGACAAGAUUGAAGGUGCUUCAGAGGAAUCAGUACCUGAUGUUUGCUCUCCAACCGAUAUCAUGUCAAAUUUCAUCUAUAUCUUUACAUCUGGAACCACAGGUCUUCCUAAAGCUGCUCGUAUAAGUCACCUGAAAGCAGUAAUGUGCUUAUGCUUUCUACGGUUAUGUGGAGCCACGACUAAUGACAACAUCUAUAUUACUCUUCCUCUGUACCAUAUGUCAGCUUCCCUUUUAGGGAUUGGAGGAUGCAUUGAACUUGGAGCUACCUGUGUUUUAAAGAGGAAAUUUUCUGCAAGUCAAUUUUGGUCUGACUGCCAAAAAUAUAAUGUCACAAUAUUCCAGUAUAUUGGAGAACUGUGUCGAUAUCUGGUUAAUCAGCCUAAGGUAGCUGGUGAAAUGAAUCAUAAAGUACGCAUUGUGGCAGGGAGUGGCCUGAGAUCUGAUGUUUGGAAAGAGUUCAUUAAACGCUUUGGAAAGAUUAAAAUUGUCGAAUCUUAUGGAUUGACGGAAGCUAGUAUUGGCUUCAUUAACUACACUAAUAAAAUUGGACCAAUUGGACGUGCAGGAUUUUUAAAUAAGCGCAUUUUACCCUUUGAUUUCUUGAAAUAUGAUCUCCAAAGCAAUGAACCAGUACGGACUGAAAAGGGGUAUUGUGUGAAAGUCAAGAAGGGUGAGACUGGUCUUCUUGUUGCUCCAGUGUCAGUCAUGAACCCCUUCCUUGGAUAUGCUGGAAAUAGGGAACUCUCAGAGAAGAAGUUGCUGAGGAAUGUCUUUAAAAGGGGAGAUUUGUACUUCAACACUGGUGAUCUCAUGCUGCAUGAUGAUGAAGAUUUUGUAUACUUUCGGGACAGAGUAGGAGAUACAUUCAGAUGGAAAGCAGAAAAUGUUGCAACUACAGAAGUUGCUGACAUUUUAAGCAGUGUGGACUUCCUGCAGGAGGUGAAUGUAUAUGGAGUGAGUGUGCCAGGCUAUGAAGGAAAGGUGGGGAUGGCAGCACUUGUUCUGAAAUGUGAUCAAAAACUUGAUGGAAAAGAGCUUUAUGCACAUUUGAUAAAGCACUUGCCUUUGUAUUCCUGGCCAUGGUUUUUAAGAGUACAGAUGUCUCUAGAUGUGACUGAGACCUUUAAGCAGCAAAAAGGAAAGCUGGUUGCAGAGGGCUUCAAUCCUGCGGUCAUCAAGGAGCCUCUGUAUGUUCUGGACACAUCUGAGAAAACGUACAUACCCCUCACUGAACCAGUAUAUGAUGACAUUGUGUCAGGUCAGAUAAGACUGUAAAAAGAGAGAAAUCUAAUGGAUUUUGGUAUGAUACAGAGACUUUUUAAUUGACAUACAAAUAUUCAGGAGUGUGCAUAUGUAUUAGAGAAACUUUUUUAUUUUAAGGGGCUUUCAUACAUGCGCAGAAAUGGUUUAAUGCAAAAUCUCAGUAUUAUAUGUUUUGGAAAAUUAUGCUACAUUAAACUCAUUCAGAAUUCAAACCAGCAUGAAAAUGGGUGGAAAUGUGUCAGUGCGAACUUCUACUCAGAAUAAUUUAGCCAAUCCAUUUGUUCAGGAAAUCUUCCUGGAGUUUCAGGAAGAAAGAAAAUGCAGUUUUUGCGAUUAAAAACCAUAACAUUACAGUAAGUUUCCAGGUUUAGUAGUAUAAAUGGAGUGUAAUACCAAUGUAUCAGAUGUGCAGUACAAUGGAGAAAACAACAGACCAGAGCAAUACUACAGAAUAGAUUGGAGAGAAAGCAGAUCUUUUGAGCUAUAAAAACAAAUGUCUUUGUGAAGGUGUGCGAAGGUGUCGGAAGGUGAUGGAAUGGGGCCGUCUUGAUGUUCACUGGUAGCUGCUGUCUCCACUGGGGUGUGUGUAAAUUGUUGGGAAAUACAUGAAACUUUUGUCAGUUAAAGGGGGAUGAAGAGGGCAAGAUUGGCUUUUAGGGAGGAAUGAGAGACAGAAAGCAGUAGAGAAGCGAACUCUGAAGAGAAAAGUAAUGACAAAUCUGGCUUAAAUAACCAGCUUAUAAUGAGAUAGAUAUACACAGGGUUGAAGAGCUAGCGGACAGUGUGAGACAGAAGCUGCAUAGGUGAGUAAAUCAAAUAGAGGGUAUAAGAGAAGAGAAACAGAUCAAAUUUGAACGAGCUGCUGUAAAUGGGAAGUAUUACAGAAACAGGCAGACCUUCGUGAUUGUUCACAUUAUUGUAAUAUUCAGCAUGAUACAUGACAAUUGGUAACAUAUCUAAAGUUAUAUUUUACAAUUUUUGUGACAGUGUAUCCCUUUGCUGAUUGAUCUGUUAUUCAUUAAACUGAGACAUUGACUAAAAAUAUCCCAUGAUAACGUUAGUAAAAGUAGAGACAUUAAGUUUUGGUUAAAUUCCACUUAAGGGUUGCUCAAGACCUCGGUUUAAUGUCUCAUCCAAAAGAUGGAGCCCACUACAGUAUAGUGUCCCAGCCACUAUACUGGGGCAUUAGGAUCCAUACAGACUGCAUGGUGGGCACCCCCUGAUGGUGCCACUAACACCACUUCCAGCAGCAACCAUAGCUUCCCAGGAGGUCUCCCAUCCAGGUACUGACCAGGCUCAACCCUGCUUAGCUGCAGUGGGUAACCAGUUGAGAGCUGCAGGGAUGAUAUGGCUGCUGCCUAAGAAACAUAGUAUUAUCUGGAAAUGUACUCCACGGUAUAGAGGUAGACACAAAAUGCCCUAUCACCCAUCAUCUACUGUCUGGUCUUGGGUACAGACAAGGAACUUGCAUCAGUAGAUAGAAGACUGUGGUGGUGGAUAUACUGUAUAGUAACUGAACAUGAGAUUAGAAAUGUAAGGGGAAGAUAAGCCAUUCAGUGCCUUGAAAGAUAGAAUUUCACAGUCAGAGCAGAGGUUCAAGAACAGGAAUAAUAUGAAUGUUAAGUCAGAUCUUAAUAAAAAUUCUAGCUUGCUGAAUUUUUAACAUACUGCAGUUUGUGAAUCCUAGUCUAGGCUUUUAAAAACAAAAUUAAAAUGUAGGGGGAGACAAAGUACAAAGGAACUACAGCAAACUAAGAAAGUAGAAAUAGGAUGUAACAGGGAAAAAUAGUUUCAUUUUAAGGUAGUUAGAUUAAAUGGUAGCCUAGCCAGUUCAGGUUAGGUUUAAUGGCAGAAAUAGAAAAUGUGAGUCAUUUCAAUGUCAAUUCUAGAAAAAUAGUUACAUAUAACAGAAGUGAGAAGUAUUUAAUGAGAAGGUGAAGACUAAUAAUAGCAAUAACCCUGAACCUUGCACUAUCAUUUGCUUUCAUAUGACAACAAUCUAUAGCAGAAAUUGGUUAUUAGCACGUACUCUAUAUGUCACUCUACUAAUACUUUAUCUGUGUAUUCUAUAGCAUUUCUAGUAUUUUAGAAAUGACAUUUUUCAAUUCCUGAUCUCUUAUUAGUGUUUUAUUUAGGGGCACUGACUUGUUCAGAAUAUUUUAAAAUUCUUGAAAUUACAUCUGCCAAAAGACUGUCAUGGAAAUUAACAUAAAUAUAAAAAAUAGGAUUUUGACAUUGGCAUGCAAUUUCAUUGUUUUUUUAUGCCGUAGAAGCUAAUAUUUGAAUAAUUUCUGAAAUCUAUCUAGUUUCCUAGUCUUAGUUCAUCAGACGUUUUUAUUCAGUUGCUCUACAUUACCACCUGAAUGGUUAACAGGUUGGUUUAUCUCUGCUGUGAUAUCUGCAGUCCUGGAAAGACUCCAUGUUCUGGAAAGACUGGGCUUCACUGUUGAAUGGAGGUUUUGUGCAAGACCAGUGAUUUCAUCAUUUAUUCAUGGUAUGUCCAAUCAUAAAAAAAUACAUAUUUUUACAUAUUUUAAAGAUCCACAUCAACAAUAACCUAUAUAAAGACGUUUGAAAGAAAUAAUGAUUAAGGUUUGUUAAUUAAUGUGCUUUUGAAAAACUGAGCUGUUAAAGCAUAUAACCAAUUUCUUUAAAUACCUGCAUCUCUGUUAGUUAGAUAUAAGUGAAUGUUUGCUAUUGUUUUGUAAUCUUUAUUUUGUCUUCAACAGCAUUUAGAUUACCAUUAGUAUAACAGCUGUGGCAACAGUCUUUCUAUUUUCAAACCUUAUGGACUUUGAUUAGGUAGAUUAUAACUUAAAUUAUAAAUACAAAAAAAACAUUCCACAAAAAGAAGAUUGAUUUCAGUUGAGUGCCUUUCCGAACCACCCUGAAAUCAAUCUUUUUGGAAGUAAAAUAAGGAGGGCCCUGUUUAAGGUGGUAUACAAGGUGACAAUGGAAAGUAAGGAUAAAAUGCUCAUACAGAACUAACUUCAGUCUGGUAUAACGUUUAUGUUUCUGAUAAUUGUGAUUUUUGUAUUUGUAAUAUUGAUUUUUUCACACAUUUUUAUGUUUGCAAAAAACAUUCAUAUGAACAUAAUCUUUUGUCCCUUAGAGAUAGUUAUAGCAUUUUAUUUUCAGGGUGUAGUUUUCUGUGAUUUAGUUUUUGAUUAAUCUCAUUUUAUGGCAUGUAAAUUUAGGAAUAAAACA